GGUAGCCAAGCUAAACAUUGGUACAAGGGAAGAAACAGAGAGGAAGAGAGAGAAGAUUUAGGGUUGAACAUUUCUGCGCUUUUCUCAAUAUGUCUGGCGGAGGAAAAGACAGGCUGAACAUAUUCCCUUCACGAAUGGCCUUAACGUUGAUGAAGGCUCGUCUGAAGGGAGCACAGAAAGGUCACAGUCUUCUGAAAAAGAAAUCCGACGCAUUGACGAUGCGCUUCAGGAAAAUCCUUAAACAGAUCAUAGAAACCAAAACUUUGAUGGGUGAUGUAAUGAGAGAAGCAACUUUCUCUUUAGCUGAGGCAAACUUUGCUGCUGGGGAUUUCAGCUAUGUUGUUCUGGAGAAUGUUGACAAGGCACAAACAAAGAUUCGUCUCAGGAAAGACAAUGUUGCUGGUGUUCAGUUACCAAUAUUUGAAGCAUAUGCUGAUGGGACCAACAGUUAUGAACUGACUGGUUUGUCUCGUGGUGGUCAGCAGGUUGGAAAGUGUCAGGAAGUCUAUGCAAAGGCUGUAAAACUGCUUGUAGAACUGGCCUCUCUACAGACUGCCUUCAUUACUCUAGAUGAGGCAAUCAAAAUCACAAAUAGAAGAGUGAAUGCUAUUGAGUAUGUUAUCAUUCCUAAAAUUGAGGCAACAAUAACAUACAUCAUAGGAGAGUUGGAUGAAAGAGAGAGAGAAGAAUUUUACAGGCUUAAGAAAAUUCAAGAAAAGAAGAAAAUUAUGAAAAAGAAGGCAGAAGAAGCAAAGAAAGCAAAAGGAAUAACUAAUGAUCAAACUGCAAACCUAUUGGAUGAUGCAGAGGAUGAAGAUUUGCUUUUCAACUAACACCAAAAUAAUAGUAUUAUAAAUAUUAAAUUCUUUCAAGAUUGUCUUGUUUAGGAAUCUCAGUUCUCAAUUACUGCAGUAAUUUAUUUCAGAAUUCUUAUUACUACUGGUGGUAGAAAAAUCAAGCUUUUUAUAAUGAUGUGGGAUUUUGUACAGACGUUACAUGUAUCUGCUCUAAUUGUACAAAUUGUAUAAAUGAUUUAACUCAAUCCAUGAAGUAUAGUUACAUGUAUCCUUGAAUAAUGUACAUGUACAGUUUUUAUGAACGUUACAGCUGUAUCUGUUUUGCUUGGUUAGGUAUUAUAGACAAUGAAUACAGGAUGUGGUAGAUAUUUUUUCAUGGAUUUUGUGAAAUCAGUGUUGUAUUGAUACAUUUUAAUUAUGAGUUAUGUAACUACUGACAGCUAUUUGAGAAGUCUUUAUAGUCUAGUGUUGCUCCACUUAAUUAACAAUUUCAAUUUAAAUUCUGGUAGUGGAUUGCUGCUUAAUUAUAGGAGUUAUUCCCUGUACUGUUGAAGUGACACAAAAUUUUUGAAACAUUUUGCUGAGUUUAACUGCAGUAGUAAUUCUGCAUAAUAAUUUACCAUGCAUCACAUAGAGUAUUGAUGUGUGAGUGAAUGCCAGUCUAGCAUAAUUAACUGAAUUCCACAGAGUUGGCAAUGAGAAUGAUUAAUAAUAAUUAUUAUAAUGUUAUACGGUUCUUGAGUACAACUUUAUUUAAUUUUUAUUAAUAAUAGUAGAUCUAGCAUAAACUAUGUUUCACAUAGUGCAUUGUAUGGAUAUUCAAGAUAAUUAUAAUUGACAUUCAUGGA